AUGUCCCUCGCCAACAAUGGAGAUGAGUCUACCCUCGAAGAGCACCAAGAUGUUUCUAUCGAAGAAAAUCCUGCUGCUCAUUCGGACGACAAUGAUUCUGCAUUCAGCGACGAUGCUCAGACAGUCCUGAGCACCAGCCUGAGGUCCUCCAUAUUCAAUCAUCGUUACGAAAAUGGUCGCACAUAUCAUGCCUUCCGGGAUGGACAAUAUCCAAUUCCAAACGACGAGGAGGAGCAAGACCGGCUUGACUUGCUACAUCAUCUUUUUAAGAUGAUCCUAGAAGGAGAGCUAUACAUUGCACCACUACCGGCCCAACCUCAGCGAAUUCUUGAUGUAGGGACCGGCACUGGAAUAUGGGCUUGUGAAAUCGCAGACAAAUUUCCGGAGGCGAGCGUCACAGGCACUGAUUUGAGUCCCAUUCAGCCUUUGUGGGUACCCCCGAACGUCCAAUUUUACAUCGACGAUGCCGAAAGUGAUUGGCUUUUUGGUGAUGGUGAGAAGUUCGACUUUAUUCAUGGCCGGGCACUAUGUGGAGGAAUUGCAGAUUGGCCAAAGUUUUACGCCCAGGCAUAUAAGAAUCUAAAGCCCGGUGCCUGGAUGGAGAUGCAAGAUCACGAAUGCUGGAUCAAUAGCGACGACGGAGGAAUGGACUAUGCUCCUGGUUGCUCAGAGUGGAUACGAGAAGUGGAUCGAGCAAGCCUUAUGUUUGGUAAACGCCUCAACAUCGCUCACCAACAUCGUCAGUGGAUGAUUGACGCUGGUUUUACAAAUGUGAAUGGGAUAAUUCGCAAAAUUCCUAUCGGUCCCUGGGCCAAGGACAAGAAGCUAAAAGAAAUCGGCAGACUAUUCAGAGUACAGAUGAUACAGUCAGUGCCAUCUUUUAUGCUUGCAUACUACACCCGAAUCUUAGGGUACAGUAUGGAGCGUACUCACGUCACGAUGGCCCUGGUAAAGAAGGAAUUUUCCGAUCGAACUCUACAUCUGUACCUCCGAUGGCAUUUCGUGUAUGGACAAAAGCCGGCUUGA